AUGAAGCUGAAAUUAAAUUUAGCAAAAAAAAAAAAAGGAUUUGAAGUCCCAGGAUUAGAUGGAUUUAAGAAUGUAGUGAAUAAAUUACUAGGAACAGGUGUAGAAAGAUAUUUUAAAAUAGUUAACAUAGCAAUAGUUUUUUUAUUCUUGACUAUUAUUCAUUACAUAAGAGCAUAUAAUAAAAGAGGCUCACGUUAUAGAAGUAAAAAUGCACUCUAUAUGUAUUACGGAUUUUUGGUAUGUCUAAUUGGUUUUGCCGUUAGUAUUAAUUGGAUAUACAUUGAAUAUGUAAAAAAUAAAAAAAAGAAAAGCAACUCGCCACUAGAUGUGAAAGUUGUUGGCAAAAAAAAUAAAUAA